CACCGCUCUCCGCACCGCUCUCCUCACCGCGCACCGCAUCCUCCGGCGGCGCACUUAACCCGGACGCGGCUUUUCCUCUCACAGCAUGACCUGAGACGCCGGCAGUUUCUCAUGUCCAGCGCGUGUUAGCGUCCCAACGUUGAAUAGCAGUUCGUUUUUUCCGUCGGCGGUUAUUUCGUAUUUGGAUCAUAAUGAUGAGACGCGACCGAGACCGGGACCGUGACGAGCGCCCCAGGGGCGAGCGAGACCGCGACCGCGAGCGGGUCCGUGAGAGGGACGUGAAGCCCAUGAUCGCGCCGGGCGGCUGCGGCGUGGCCCUGCUGAAGCAGCAGAUGUCCCAGCAGCAGAUCAACCCCUUCACCAACCUGCCGCACACGCCGCGCUUCUACGACAUCCUGAAGAAGCGGCUGCAGCUGCCCGUCUGGGAGUACAAGGAGACCUUCAACGACAUCCUGGUCCGACACCAGAGCUUCGUGUUGGUGGGGGAGACCGGCUCCGGCAAGACCACCCAGAUCCCCCAGUGGUGCGUGGACAUGGUACGCUCCACACCGGGCCCCAAGAGGGCCGUGGCCUGCACCCAGCCCAGGCGGGUGGCGGCCAUGAGCGUGGCACAGCGGGUGGCCGACGAGAUGGACAUCAUGCUGGGCCAGGAGGUCGGCUACUCCAUCAGGUUCGAGGACUGCAGCUCGGCCAAGACGUUGCUCAAGUACAUGACAGACGGCAUGCUGCUGCGCGAGGCCAUGAACGACCCCCUGCUGGAGCGCUACGGCGUCAUCAUCCUGGACGAGGCCCACGAGCGCACGCUCGCCACCGACAUCCUCAUGGGCGUGCUGAAGGAGGUGGUCCGGCAGAGAGCCGACCUGAAGGUCAUCGUCAUGAGCGCCACGCUGGACGCGGGGAAGUUCCAGGUGUACUUCGACAGCUGCCCGCUGCUCACCAUCCCCGGACGCACCCACCCCGUGGAGAUCUUCUACACCCCCGAGCCCGAGCGUGACUACCUGGAGGCGGCCAUCCGCACCGUGGUCCAGAUCCACAUGUGUGAGGAGGAGGAGGGCGACGUGCUGCUCUUCCUCACUGGACAAGAGGAGAUCGACGAGGCCUGCAAGCGCAUCAAGCGCGAGGUGGAUGACCUGGGCGGAGACGUGGGCGACAUCAAGAUCAUCCCGCUCUACUCCACGCUGCCGCCGCAGCAGCAGCAGCGCAUCUUCGAGGCCCCGCCCCCCCGCAAGGCCAGCGGGGCCAUCGGACGAAAGGUGGUGGUGUCGACCAACAUCGCCGAGACCUCCCUGACCAUCGACGGCGUGGUGUUUGUAAUUGAUCCCGGCUUUGCCAAGCAAAAGGUGUACAACCCCCGUAUCCGGGUGGAGUCUCUCCUGGUGACGGCCAUCAGCAAGGCCUCGGCCCAGCAGCGGGCAGGCCGCGCCGGGAGGACCCGGCCGGGGAAGUGCUUCCGUCUCUACACGGAGAAGGCCUACAAGACGGAGAUGCAGGACAACACAUACCCCGAGAUCCUGCGGUCGAACCUGGGCUCGGUGGUGCUGCAGCUGAAGAAGCUCGGUAUCGACGACCUGGUGCACUUCGACUUCAUGGAUCCACCAGCCCCGGAGACUCUGAUGCGGGCGCUGGAGCUUCUCAACUACCUGGCGGCGCUGAACGACGACGGGGACCUGACGGAGCUGGGCUCCAUGAUGGCCGAGUUCCCCCUGGACCCCCAGCUGGCCAAGAUGGUGAUCGCCAGCUGCGAGUUCAACUGCUCCAACGAGAUCCUCUCCAUCACCGCCAUGCUGUCAGUCCCACAGUGCUUCAUGCGCCCCACCGAGGCCCGCAAGGCGGCGGAUGAGUCCAAGAUGCGCUUCGCCCACAUCGACGGGGACCACCUGACGCUGCUCAACGUCUACCACGCCUUCAAGCAGAACCACGAGGCGACCCAGUGGUGCUACGACAACUUUGUGAACUACCGCUCGCUGAUGUCGGCGGACAACGUGCGCCAGCAGCUGUCCCGCAUCAUGGACCGCUUCAGCCUGCCGCGCCGCAGCACCGAGUUCACCAGCCGCGACUACUACAUCAACAUCCGCCGGGCCCUGGUCACCGGCUUCUUCAUGCAGAUCGCCCACCUGGAGCGCACGGGCCACUACCUGACGGUGAAGGACAACCAGGUGGUGCAGCUGCACCCCUCCACAGUGCUGGACCACAAGCCCGAGUGGGUGCUCUACAACGAGUUUGUGCUGACCACCAAGAACUACAUCCGCACCUGCACCGACAUCAAGCCAGAGUGGCUGGUGAAGGUGGCCCCCCAGUACUACGAGAUGGGGAACUUCCCCCAGUGUGAGGCCAAGAGGCAGCUGGAGCGCAUCGUGGCCAAACUCUCCACCAAAGAGUACACCCAGUACUGAGCGACCCUGCCACCAGUACUAUCACCACCAGUACCACCACCACCAGUACCACCACCACCAGUACCACCACCACAACAGAGUCGUUCCCGCAACAGCUGUACAAAACCAACACCAGAAGUCUUCUUCUGAGCACUGUUUUAUUAUUUAGUAGCGGUUAUUCCUUUGUUUUCCGUCUCCUCUCCGUGCGGUGUGACAUGUGGUGUCACGACGGUCGAUUCGUGUUUUUUAUUAUUUCAAGGUUUUUCUUCCCCCCCCCCCCCUCCCAGCUACCCUGCAGAUUCAACACGAGUGCAUUUUUUUUAAUAAACCCCGGAGAAAAAAUGUGUUCUAGUGGUUGCAAAUGACGGGCCUGUCACAGCGUUUCUGUCACAGCGUUGCCAAGGAUCAACAUUCCUCAAGAGAAAUGCUAAUGUGUUCAACGAUCCCCGGUUAAACAUCGGCUGCGGCGGCGGCGGCGGCGGCAUCCUGCCGCGUUGCUCUGCUUAAAGAACUGCUCAACGCUAUUAAUCUGAGCUCCCGGUUCCUUUGGACGGAAGUGUAUUUUGAUUGUAGGUAUAAGGAAUAUUUUCUUGUGUCAAGGAGACUUUCGGAAGAGUGCACUGAUGGUUCAAGUUUCAUGUCAACUGUUCAAAUUAAUAAAACUGUCUUUGUAGAAAAAGAAUAUGUGUUCGUCUCUUCUUUUUAUUUAUCUGUUUUUACGGGGUUGAUGUUAUGCCACCAGGUGUGUGUAUGGUUCGUGAUUUUUUUCAUUUGGCUUUUCCUGAGUUUUAGUGAUGUCACAAGUAGGCAUGUCCAUCUAGAUGUAUGUUGGAUAGAUCAGGCUACCCAGUGGACUGCAGCAAAUGUUGAUCAUCUAUCCAGUAUAGAUCUAGGGUGACACGCCCACUAAAACACAGGAAAAGGCAGAUUUAUAAACUGCUUGUAACAGGUUCCACUCACACCUGGUGGCAUAAUAUCACGCCUUUAAAAAAAUCUCGACUAUCCCUUACCACAUUUACUAACGCAAACCAAAUAAUUGCUUUCAUAGCAUCUUUCGGGAAUACCAACCUGAGAUUUUAACAAGAUCAGCUUAUAUUCCACGAUACAGAUGGUUGCUCAGUUAAACGUUAGCAUUUGCUUUUAGAGUAAAAUGAAUUUAACAACUUACCACAACGUGUUGCAGCAAAUACGACAAAACUCCAA